UCCCCUUUCUUAUUUUUCUUCCUAAAUUUUAUUCACUGACGAGAAAUCGAAGUUUCAUAAACUGAGCCCCGAGAGAGAGAGAGAGAGAGUGUCUCUGUUUUUGUGUCUGUGUUAGCUCAAAAAGACUUGCCUAUUAAGCUUUUUCAAAUCAAACCAAAUUAGGGUUUCCAAAAUCUCUGAUAUUCAAGUGAUAGAACAAAAGGUUGCUUUUCUGUCGUAAAUUGGACUGCUGAUGGGUGAGGAAGAAACAGCAACUGAAGCUCAUGAGGUAGCAGCAGCCAAUGGGACCGCAACACCAGAGAAAUCUGGAAAAGUUGUGACAGGUAAAAAGGAAGAGGAAAGCGAUAAACUGAAAGCAAUGGAUGAAGAUAAAACUGAUAAUGGAGAAGGUCACGGUGAGAAGAUGGAUGAAGAUCCGAAGGUGACUGAAGUAAAGGAAAGCAAAGAAGAAAAGCAAAAGGAAGAGGUAGGGGAAGAAGAAAAAACGAAGGAAGAGGUGGCAGAGAAAGAAAAAGAAAAGGAAGAGGUGGAAAGGGAAGAAAAAGAAAAGGAAAUGGUGGAAGGGGAAGAAAAUGAAAAGAGAGUGUUGGAUGAGGAAAAGGAAGAGGUGGUAGAGGAAGAAAAAGAUAAGGAAGGGGUGGGAGAGGAAGAAAAAGAUAAGGAAGAGGUGGGAGAGGAAGAAAAAGAUAAGGAAGAGGUGGGAGAGGAAGAAAAAGAUAAGGAAGAGGUGGGAGAGGUGGGAGAGGAAGAAAAAGAUAAGGAAGAGAUGGAAGUGGAAGAAAAGGAUAAGGAAGAGGUGGAAGAAGAAGAAGAAGAAGAAGAAAAGAAGGAAUCCAAAACUGAAGCAGUUGAAGAAACUGGCUCAAAGGAGGAUCAAGAGAUGGAAGAGAAGGAGGAGACUGAAGAAGAUUUGGAGGAGAAGGUUGAUGCGUCCAAGAAGAAAGAUGGGAAGGCAGAAGAGAAUAAGGAGAAGGGGUUAAAUAAACGUGGGAAAGGAAAGAGUGAUGGGGAUAAGAAGAGUGGUGGCGCCAAAACUGAAAAUAAGAAAAAGGUAGUAGAAGCGAAGAAGGAUCCAGAGCCAAGGACCCCUACCACUAAUAGACCCCAACGUGAGAGAAAAUCAGUUGAAAGGCUGGUGGCAACUAUUGACAAAGAUGCCUCCAAGGAAUUUCACAUUGAAAAGGGCAGUGGCACGCCUCUGAAAGAUAUACCAAACGUUGCAUUCAAGUUAUCCAGAAGGAAGACCGAUGAAACCUUUAAAUUGCUUCAUACAAUUCUCUUUGGAAGGAGAGGGAAGGCAGUUCAGAUAAAGAGCAAUAUAUCUCGGUUCUCUGGUUUUGUUUGGCGUGAAAAUGAGGAAAAGCAAAAGAGUAAAGUGAAAGAAAAAUUUGACAAGUGUAACAAAGAAAAAUUGUUGGAAUUUUGUGAUGUGCUCGAUAUAUCAAUUGCCAAGACUACCACAAAGAAGGAAGAUAUAGUCUCAAAACUGAUAGACUUUUUGGUGUCGCCUCAUGCUACAACUACUGUGCUACUUGCAGAAAAAGAGAAGGCAAGUAAGAGCAAAAAGCGCAAGAGGGUAACCAAAAGCGCAGCCUCUGGGAAUUUAUCUUUGACACGUUCAGCAAAGAAUCAAAAGAGGGCUGAGGGUGCUUCCAAGACUGAUAAGAAGGGUACACCUGAUACAGAAGAUGAAUCAGAAGAAGAAAAGGAAGAGGAGGAGGAAGAAGAGGAGGAGGAGGAAGAAGAAGUAGAAGAAGAAAAAGAAAAUGUAGAAGAGAAAAAUGAAAAUGGUGUUCCGGAGAAAUCUGAUUCUGAAAUGUCUGAACAUUCUGAAAGCAAGGAAGAUGAAUCUGAAGAGGAAUCUGAAGAAGAUGGUGGUAAACGCAGAAGAGGCUCAAAGACUUCCUCUAGGAAGAAGGUAUCUGCUGGAAAAGUUAAUUCCAAGAAAAUUGGAAGUUCCAGUAAAUCUAGUUCUCCACCUAAAAGAGUAGCUAAAAGAUCUUCAUCAAAACGCUCCGAAACUGAUGAUGAUAGUGAUGCUAGUCCAAAGGUUUUCUCGAGGAAGAAGAAAACUGAAAAUGCAGUGAAGGAGAAGUCCUCCACUCCUGUAAAGUCUCCUUCCAAAGAAAGAUCAGGUAAAAGGGCUUCUAGAGGGAAGGAAAAGACUAAAGUGAAAGAGGAGAAGCUGAAACCAUCUGAUGAUGAGCUUAGAGAUGCCAUUUGUGAAAUCCUCAAGGAGGUUGAUUUCAAUACGGCUACAUUCACCGACAUUCUGAAGCAACUUGCUCGGCAAUUCAAUACUGAUCUCACGCCAAGAAAGUCGUCAAUAAAGAUAAUUAUUCAGGACGAGCUCACCAAACUAGCGGAUGAGGCUGAGGAUGAAGAUGGAGAAGGCAAUGCUGAGAAGGAUGAAAGUCAAUCUGCUGGUCAAGAGGUUGAAGCCUGAAACUUGUAAAAUGAUUGCAACAUAACUGUGCAGCUAUUUACGCUAUAUAUCUCUGUAGCUUUUACCUAGUUGUGCACACAUGUACUGUUUAGUCUGUUAGGACAGCCAGCUAUGUAAUUUACUGUUAGUGUUAAAAUUUGCUGGCAGGGGAAAAAACUAGUAUUUUUUUUUUUUGGAAAAGAAAAAACUAGUAUUUAUUAGGAAAGUAGAAGGGACGAAGCUCUUCGAGCUGUACUGCUGGAUAGCACAGGUUGUGGUAGACCUUAACUUAAGAUGUAGGAAUCUUUUUGCCCCUUAAUUUAACAGUUUUAAAAUUACCAUCAA